GGCGGGCCCGGUGACAGCGGGCGGCGGUGGCGCUUCCCCCGCUCCCCCGCCUCAGUGAUUGGAUACAUUUGCGUUUGUGCAGAAUUUAUUUGCUGACAUCCUGCUCGAAGAUGGGAAAAGGCUGCAGAGUGGUGGUUUGUGGACUGUUAUCCGUCGGAAAAACAGCAAUUUUGGAGCAGCUUCUUUAUGGGAAUCAUAUCAUUGGUAUAGAAGAGAGCGAAACAACGGAAGAUGUGUACAUGGCUUCAGUCGAAACUGAUCGAGGAGUAAAGGAACAAUUAAGACUUUACGACACAAAGGGUCUUCAAGAGGGAAUGGAGCUGCCGAAGCACUAUUUUUCCUUUGCUGAUGGUUUUGUUCUUGUCUACAGUGUAAAUAAUCUGGAAUCCUUUCAGAGAGUGGAGCUUCUUAAGAAGGAAAUUGACAAGUUCAGAGACAAAAAAGAGGUAGCAAUUGUCGUCCUAGGGAACAAAAUUGACCUCUCUGAACAAAGGCAAGUGGAUGCUGAAGUGGCACAACAAUGGGCAAAAAGUGAGAAAGUGAGACUGUGGGAGGUAACUGUAACUGAUCGAAAAACCCUAAUUGAACCAUUCACUUUACUAGCCAGUAAACUUUCCCAGCCCCAGAGCAAAUCUACAUUUCCCUUGCCUGGGAGGAAAAGCAAAGGCAAUGCCACCUCUGAGAACUAAGAAUGAUUUUAAUGGUACUCCCACAAAACAAAUGGCUUGUCCCUGCUAAGCAGUAUUUAUUAGUUCCACCCCCCACCCUUGUCUGUGAAAAACAAAUAUGAACGAUAAGCUGUUGCCCACCCUUUCAUAAUAAAAAGAAAAAUACUGAUCAUAUUUUAACUUCACUUGGAAGGGUUUGACUGACUUGAAUGCAACUGAUAGGAUUUAAUAUAGGAAUAAAUACGAUUGAUGAUGAAGGUUGGUGAGGUGAGGAUGAAGAGACUUUCCACCUUAGGCAGCAUAAUAGUGUAUAGUGAGUGAUUUGUGCUAUUAUGUGCAAUCUUGACCAACAUGUUUAAAGGACUACACAGCAGUGGUCCUGUUUCUUGUAAUGAUGUUGCUCUUCUGUUCAAAACAAUGAUAAUACGGUACUAUAAAAUAAAGUAAUGGCUGUGCACAGAA